AUGGCGACACCAACCUCCAUUGGCGAUCGCCCAAAGCGCGAGCUGAAGGUGCUAUCAUUGGGAAUGACGCGUACUGGGUCGGCGUCCAUUACUCAAGCUCUCGAGAUUCUCGGAUAUCAAGGCGUGCACCACGGCAUCCAGGCCAUUAGUUCCCCAAUUGAGUGGGAGUUCUUCAGCAAAGCAUGCGACGCCUUCUACCCUUCGCUGCCGACCUACACAGGCGCGCCAUUCACACGCGCCGAUUGGGACGUUAUCUUUGGGCCUUAUGAGGCCGUCACCGACAUGAGCUCGUUCUUCGCGACGCAGCUCAUAGAAGCCUAUCCCGAGGCGAAGCUAAUCUUGGUGGAACGUGAUAUCGACGAGUGGUACGACAGUAUGGAGGCGGCCAUCUUCAGCACGACAUGGGGGCUUCGCGCUGAUCUCGUGAUCAACGUACUGGGACCACUGUACGGUCUCAAUGGCGGCAAGACGAUUCGCAAGAUCAUGCUGGGCUUCUAUGAUGUGCGUAAUGUGCAUGAGAUGCGGCGGGUUGCCAAGGAUCGAUAUAGGAAACACUAUGCAGAAAUUCGUGCUGCGGUGCCUGCCGAGCGCUUGCUCGAGUUCCGCUUGGAGGAUGGCUGGAAGCCGCUAUGCGAGUUCCUCGAGAAAGAGGUACCAGAGGAGCCAUUCCCUGUCAAGAACAAGAGAGACGAGCAUGUGAAGCGGGUAAGGCAGAAGCAGGACAUGUUUUUCAGACACGUUGCAACAAGGUUUGCCAAGAAGGCGAUACCCUCCGCCUUGGGUGUCGGCGUUCUCGGUCUGGCUGUGUGGAAGAGCAGGUCUGGUGCGCGGUGGGCUGACAUAUUGAGCACUUUCAGGGAGACUUUGGCAAAGGCCUGGUGA